AUGCAUUCUUUAACGCAGUAUUAUGUAUUUUACACACCUAUCCAAAUUAUAAUAUGUGGAUUUCAGACGGCAGCCGCUAUUCAUCGACCAUUAGCUGUCGACAUUUUCCACAGUCCUCAGUUAACAUUUGCUCCAGUGAAAAAUGCUACUGGUUAUGCUGAACGCUAUCGUAUGAAGUUUUCUGCACUGCGACACUCUCUACCACCAUUCGUCCAUCUAAUGACACUUGAACGGUGGCAUCGCCGGAGUCUCCUACUUCGCCUGGAGCACGUCUUCCAGAACCAAGAAGACGCAGAUAACAGCAAACCGAUGCGUGUUGACCUCGAGGACCUCUUCACGCAGUUCAAAGUCGUCAACAUGACUGAACUUGCAUUGGCCGGCAACAGAAACUCCACCAAAGUCCCAUCUGAAAGAUCCAAUCGAUAUCUCGGCGAUUUCACGAUAGUGCUUAAACCAUCGGAGAUUCGUACGUUCAACAUUGAUGUGCAAUGGCUUUGA